UUCAGCAGCAGCAGCAGCAUCACCAUGAACAUAACCUUUGCUUUUUUCCUUUGCACGGCAUCCUUGCUUGCAGCAGGAGUACAAGGAAUGGUGACCGCUAGGAAGGGUCGUUGCAUGUGCCAGUCGAAAAGUCCCCAACCUGUUCGAAUGAUACUUUUAGCAAACUUGGAAACCCACCCCAGAAGCUCUUCCUGUAAUCAAGUAGAAAUCAUUGCUACACUGAAGCAGUCUGGAGAGCGAAGAUGCCUGGACCCGGAGUCUAAAGAAGUGCAGAAGUUCAUGGAAAACUAUAAGAAAAUAAGGUCUUUGUGGAUGCAGAAGGAGAGAAGACAAAGAGUACUUCAUUAGAACAACGAUGAAGGCAUCGUUUUGAUUCCUGGAUGGAUUUCACCGUGUUCAUAGACCUCUAUGGACAAGGAAGAUGAGAACUGGGUUGAAUCCACUGUGUUGCUUUCAAAACACAGAUUCUGUGCCCAUGUGUGUGUGUGUUGUAAAGUCACUGUUUUAGAUCUCUAACAUCUCCCUGCCUGACCUGAGCGCAAGGGUACUUCCAUAUGGAGGGCUUGUAGCACUACCAAUUAAAAGUCAUUGUGCAGCAAUUCCAUCUUUCUGUCCUUAACAGACAGACAAAAGACGCAGUGGGAAAACAUAGCAGAUUUACCAGUAGAAGAUUACAAGGUCUGAAGCCCCCUGUAAAA